AUGGAUUCUACCAAACCACUCGACGAACAGAUCCCCUCGCCCGGUCAAUGGCCGGUGGACCCUCAAGAAGAUAUGCCCGUCUCCGAGGAUCGCAUCUGGGUUGAUGGAUGUUUUGAUUUUAGUCACCACGGUCACGCAGGGGCAAUGCUACAAGCGCGCCGCUUGGGCAAGGCCCUCGUGGUGGGCAUUCACUCGGAUGAGGCGAUUCUCGAAAAUAAAGGUCCUACAGUCAUGUCACUAGACGAACGUGUCGCCGCCGUUGACGCCUGUCGCUGGGCCACCUUGAGCGUUCCACAUGCCCCCUACGUGACUUACUUGCCUUGGGUAUCGCACUACGGGUGUAAGUACGUUGUACACGGCGACGACAUCACCUCCGACAGCGACGGAAAUGACUGUUACCGAUUCGUCAAGGCCGCCGGCCGGUUCAAGGUCGUUAAGCGCACACCGGGCAUUUCAACCACCGAUCUCGUCGGCCGCAUGCUGCUUUGCACCAAGAACCACUUUGUCAAAUCAGUCAAGAAGACUCUGACGGGGGAGGAAGGGUCAGGAAACCCGGACGAGCGAAAGGCCUUUGCCAACGAUCUUCUUCAGCGCAUCCGUGAUUACGCGACCGAUGAGACGGGCUUACAACCAGGACCCCAGGUAUGGACGUGGGAGGGCUCCGGACAAGCCAAGAUUGAGAAUGAAGUGGCCGAGUCGGGAAUCUUCGCGCCGUUGGUCGAGGGUAAGGGACCUAAGCCUGGACAACGCAUCGUCUACGUGGACGGUGGCUUUGAUCUCUUCUCUUCGGGACAUAUUGAAUUCCUCCGUAAGGUCAUGGAAACAGAAGAGGCCGAAGGUCGUCGACGAGGCUGGUUCGAGUCUGCGCAGCGAGAGAAGCGAGUCCAAGAAACAGGCGAAGAUUAUUCCCCGGCAUACAUUGUCGCCGGUAUUCACGAUGACGGUGUGAUUAACCACUGGAAGGGGCUCAAUUACCCCAUUAUGAAUAUCUUUGAGCGCGGUCUUUGUGUUCUUCAAUGUCGCUACAUCAAUGCAGUCAUCUUCUCGGCCCCCUUUACCCCCAGUCAACCCUAUCUCGAGGCCAUGCCUCUCGGCACGCCCGACAUCGUCUACCACGGACCCACGACCUUCAUCCCACUGACCUAUGAUCCAUACGUAGAUCCCAAGAAGAUGGGCAUCUUCCAAGAAGUUGGCGACCACGCCUUCCAGCAUGUGAAUGCCGGUGAAAUCGUGGGUCGCAUCCUGAAGAGUCGUGAAGCGUACGAAGCCCGCCAGCGCGCCAAAUUGGAGAAAGCGAUUGCGGAAGAUUUGGUCAAAGCGCAAGAGCAGGCGGCGUCUUCUUGA